CGAUGAUUGUGGCUCGGUUGCGCUGCCUGCGUCUGCGCAGUGCAGCGGGUGGAUGAUGCAAGCGGCAAUUGUGGAACUGGAGGAUCUGCCGGCUGGAGCUGCACAAGUUCAUCUCUGGUGAUCAGUACAAACAUUCAGCAUCAUGGACGACAAUAAGAAUUUUGAGGAAAAGAUCAGCCUUAUUACCAGGAAUUUGCAGGAAGUCCUGGGUGAGGAUAAGUUGUGUUCAAUCCUGGAAGAACGGGACUUGAGGGUUUAUUGGGGGACAGCUACCACUGGGAAACCUCAUGUAGCAUACUUUGUGCCAAUGUCAAAGAUUGCUGACUUCCUAAAAGCUGGAUGCGAGGUAACAGUUUUGUUUGCUGAUUUGCAUGCUUAUUUGGAUAACAUGAAAGCUCCUUGGGAACUGCUCGAACUGAGGACACAGUACUAUGAACAUGUCAUAAAAGCAAUGCUGGAAAGUAUAGGUGUACCAAUAGAAAAACUCAGAUUUGUGAGGGGAACUGAUUAUCAGUUAAGCAGGGAAUACAGUUUGGAUGUCUACAAGUUAUCCUCUGUGGUGACUCAACAUGAUGCCAAAAAGGCUGGUGCUGAAGUAGUUAAACAAGUGGACCAUCCACUCCUCAGUGGUCUCCUAUAUCCUGGAUUACAGGCCUUGGAUGAAGAAUAUUUAAAAGUCGAUGCACAGUUUGGUGGAGUUGAUCAGAGGAAAAUAUUCACAUUUGCAGAAAAGUACCUUCCAGCUCUUGGUUAUGCCAAGCGUGUUCACUUAAUGAACCCUAUGGUACCAGGCCUGACAGGAGGGAAAAUGAGCUCCUCUGAAGAGGAGUCCAAGAUUGACUUGCUGGACAAAAAGGAAGAUGUAAAAAAGAAGCUAAAACGGGCAUUCUGUGAACCAGGCAAUGUGGAGAACAAUGGUGUUUUAUCCUUUGUGAAACAUGUCUUGUUUCCAUUGCAUGGAGAGUUUGUUAUUUUGAGAGAUGAGAAAUGGGGUGGCUGCAAGACCUACAUAGAGUAUGAUGAACUUGAAAAAGAUUUCACUGAUCAGUCUGUUCAUCCUGGGGAUCUGAAGAAUUCUGUGGAAAUUGCCUUGAAUAAGUUGCUUGACCCAAUCAGGAAGAAGUUUCAAAUGCCAGAGAUGCAGAAAUUAACCAGAGCUGCUUAUCCUCCACCUACAAAACAACAAAAAGCAGUUUCCAAGGGACCAGCUGCUGAGAAUGAUGUAAUUGUACCUUCAAGGCUCGAUAUUAGAGUUGGUAGAAUUAUCAGUGUGGAGAGGCACCCUGAUGCAGACAGUCUAUAUGUGGAGAAGGUAGAUGUCGGAGAAGCACAGCCACGAACAGUUGUCAGUGGGUUAGUGCAGUAUGUUUCUGUUGAGGAGCUCCAGAAUCGUAACGUCAUAUUGUUAUGUAAUCUGAAACCACAGAAGAUGCGAGGAAUUGAUUCUCAAGCCAUGUUGCUUUGUGCAUCCAUCACUUUCCUAUUAGACACUCACUUUCAGAUCGGGAGACUUGAUCAAAAUGAAAGCACUAUAAAUCAAUUCCAAAAGAGAUGUACCAAUUUCUCCAUCUUUGUUCAGACAGAAGGAGAAAAACGUAAAGUGGAACCAUUAAAUCCUCCAGAAGGUUCAACCCCAGGAGAGCGCGUGUUUGUGGUAGGAUUUGAAAAUGGUACAGCAGAUGAUGAACUGAAACCAAAGAAGAAAGUAUUCGAAAAAUUACAGGUUGAUUUCAAGAUCUCAGAUGACUGCACAGCCCAGUGGCAGCAGAAGAAUUUUAUGACCAAACUUGGUGUUAUAACAUGUAAAUCACUGAAAGGAGGAACUAUAAGUUAGUGAGCAAUGACUCUGUAGUUCUACAUGGAAAUACGAGGAUUGUUUUUCCUUUAACAUUGAGUCUUCAGCUCCAUGCCCUGUACAAUAGUCAUUACAUUCAAGAUAUAUCAACUUCUGCUGUUGGUGAAAUAAUGAAACAUGAAUAAACUGGAUGAGAGCUUUUAAUUUUGGAAAAAUUAGGCCUUCAUGAAUAAUGGUAUUCUGACCUAAAGAUUAUCAGUGUGUUGUGAUGCAGUUACUUCUAAUGUGGCAUCCUUAAAAAAUUCCUGGGAUAAUUUUUGUGGGCAUUUUACGUGUAAUAAUAAAUUCCUUGACACCUGUCUUGCGAUGUAGUAGGGAAAUUUGAUAGCAUGAUAACCGGACUCCUGGGUGGCUGGAUAUUAAAGAGUCAUUCUAAUCACAAAACAGGAUUUUGUGUUACUGCACUAUCCAAUAACCUUGUUGAAGUGCAUUGCUUCCAUUUGUUAAAUGCCAAGGGGAAAAACAGUUGGCAUUCUUUUAACAGUUCCCUCAAACUUCCAUCAGAAUAAACAAGAACAUUAUAAAUGAUUCCAGUUUCUUCGAUGGCUUAAUUGUACACCUCCAGCUGUAGCUGAAUAUGCACAGUCUAUUUAUGAACGAGUACAUAUGCAAACUGGUUUAAUUGGAAAAGAUAAAUACAGUAAUUAUACAAACACAACCUCCAAAUUGUACUUUAAUUUUAAUUAUAAUCUGCUGCUGAUGAAACAUUCUUUCCCAUAUAAUUUAGCAUGUAAUUAAACUAUCUAAAACUAGAUAUAAUUGUCUGUCCAUAGACACUAUAUGAUGUGUGUUUAAAUUUGCAACAUCCUGAUUAAGUUUCCUAGCCAAGGAAACUCCAGCACCUUAACUGGUACAUAAGUGCCAAGUUUCAUUCAUUGAGGCUUUGGAUCAGAGACUUCUAUAGCUACCACCUUGCAGUUUCUCAUUUGUGUCAAUUCACCCUUAUUCCUCACUUUGUGAAUGACUUGGGAUAUUUCAUCAUGUUAAAGUUGAUGUAUGAUUGUAAGUUACAUCAUCUUUGUUGUAGUUUAGAUGGUCUAAUCAUGUACGGUGGUUUUAAGCACCUAAAAUUGCUUUUCAUUCAACAGAUGAUUUAAAAUAUUACUGACAAGUUUAGCCAACUGGAAUUAUGCUUUAAAAAUAGAGAAUUGAUUGGAGACAAAUGAAAUCCAAAUGACAUCCACUUUUAAAGGCACAUUUGCUUCCAGAAUUUGUCAUGAAACUGUAUAGAUGCCCUUCUGCCAAAGACAAUGUAAUCAGGAUAUACAAUGACACCAUCAACUAAAUAUAUUCAUAUCAUUUUUUUGAAAAUUCAAAUAAAUAAUUCUAUCAAGAUGCAGCAGACAAUAUCCUGACAGUGCAUCCAACAAUAUCCUGAGUAUAGUGCUGAAGACUUGUGCUUCAGAAAUUGCCACACCUCUAGCCAGCUGUUCCAGCAGAACUACAACAUUGGCACCUACGACAAAGUGGAAAAUUGCCCAUCUAUGCCCUGCCCACAAAAAAAGGACAAAUGCAACCUGAUCAACUACCACCCCAACAGCCUACUCUCAAUGAUCAGCAAGCUGAUGGAAUAUAAUACUUGAGAGUGUUAUCAAGCAGCACUUAGUCACCAUAUAACCUGUUCAUUGAUGCUCAGAUUGGGCUCUGCCAGGAUCACUCAGUUCCAGACCUCAUUACACUCUUGGCCCAAGUAUUGACAAAAGAGCUGCAUUCUACAGGUGAGAUGAGGGUGCUUGAGGGGGAGUGGCAUCGAGGAGUCCUCACAAUAAUUAAUCAUUUGCUGGAAUCAUACCUAGCACAAAGGAAGAUGGUUGCAGUUGUUGGUCUCAAGACAUUGCUCCAGGAUAAGGCAGUGUUCUAGACCCAAACAUCUUCAGCUACAUCUGCAAUGACCUUUUCUCCAUCAUAAAGUCGGAAGUGAGGAUGUACACUGAUGAUUGAUAAGUGUUCAGUUUCACCUGAUUUCUGUUUAAGAAAAAAUAAAUGGUAAUUGCUUUUCCAGCAUUAAGGAAAUCUAAUUACAAAA